CACAAGCCUCGAUCAUCGCCGCUUGGAAGUGCGAGAAGGGGGAAAGAGGGAGUCGCGAGAGCGGUGGUAGCGACCGAGUGGGAUGAGGAAAAACUAGGAUCGACGGCUGGAUCGGUUCUUCCUAGAGACAACACGACUGGGCAAAAAUGAGGUCGAAUCAGGAGGGAGAAGAUCAACUGAAAUUUGGAGAUGAUGAUUGAAUUGUCGGUCAAGAGGAAUGAGCAGUGGACUCCAAAACUUGGUAGCGAGGACGUCAUGGCUGCAUCGAGUUGGCCAGCGUGUGAGGUAUGAUUCGGUUGACUGAGCCAUGACUUAUUUUCACUAAUAAUGGUAAUCCCUGGGGGUGAGUUAUGUGAAUAGUAAAACGCGCCUAGAAGCUAGGAGAAUCGCAUGGGGUGGCAUGAGUUCCUAAGUUGGAAAAGCUGAAGUUACGUGGUAAGGGGAAUAAUUGGUAUGGGAAUCGAAAAUUUUCUGGCCAUGAAAAGAGCUGUGCUGCUCGAUAAAUAUAAAUUAGAGAAGUAACAGCACCGUUUGAGAAUAAUUCAAGAUAAGAGUCAUGAUUGUAUGAAAAUUAGUACUUGGGCUAUGAAUAUUACUAGAAGUUUUGGGGUAGCAUUAGUUAGGCUCACAGUAGGAGAGAAAUAAUUAAGUGACCUGCAUAACAUUAAGGAUUGAUGUUAAAACCUAGUGAUAAAUAUAAAAGGUGAGGGCUCCAAUUAGUUGAAUGCACGGUGACCAAUUAUUUCCGUUGACGUAGUUGAACGAUCAUAUGGGGAAGAUCGCAUAGCCUGUGCAUCUUGGACAAGGAAUUGGAAGGGCAGGUGUUCAAUUCAGGUCAAUCGACUUGAUCAGUCAGGUGAGGUGUAAAGGGGUAAAAUCUUCGUCAAGGUCUUUUAGUUUAUGUCGUUAAUUUCAAGUUAUGCUAUCAUGUGUGUGAGGCAUUACACCUCCUACUUAAGGUGGAGGCACGCGUUGUGCUUGUGUACACAUGAAUGUGUGUGUUGAUGUAUGGUGAAUGGUAAGAUGAACCCCCGGGCGGUUGGGCCACUACUAGACGCGGUAGAUGGUUGGUCACUACUCGACGAAUAUACGUAACACAAUAGUAUACCGAGCAUGGACUGGACGACGAUACGUAACGCAAUACCAUUGCCUUAAGGAUAGGGACACCGGACGGCGAUACGUAACGCGUUGGCCCCUAGUAUUUAUGUGUAUGAGUUAAGGAUAGAAGUAAAUAACUUCUAUAAAAUAAGGUUUGGAUUAAAAAUAUUCCAUAAGCUAUUAAGUAUGAGGAUGAAAGCGAGAAUGACUUUCGUCUAAGGAAGGAAACUCUAACAAUGUAUUAGCAAGGAUUUAUUUAGGCAAAGACCUUAGGAAGUAACGACGAGACUGACCCCUUCUCACUCACCGGGUGGAGGAAGGGUUAGUCGAGGUGGAUCCUGAGAAGGAGCAAGGCGAGGCGAGCAGUCGUACCAGCAAUGAGGAGAAGUCAAGGAGCUCGUGAGGAGUCAGAGCUAGAAUAGUUUAAUUACCUUGUUGAUUGGUUAGGAGUAUAAACUGGAGAUUUUGGGUUAAGUUGUUUUAAGUGUUUGGAUUGUGAUUGCCUAAGUGUUAGGGCUUUUCGUUUGAAAUUCUGAAACAUUGUCAGUUGUUUAUUCUUAAAAGUGGUUUGGGUUGCUCCGAAGUAGCCUGUUUUUGGUUUAAAUUAUGGUUUGAUUUUUGAAAAGAUUGGGUUGUUUGAUUAUAUGUCUCGUCAUUGUUGUUGUAGCACUUGAACUUAUAGUGGGUAAGUCUUCUUGCAUAUGUGCACUGGUUCAUCUUAUUAUGCUUGUAGAUCCUUAAAGAGAUUAAAAAUUCAUAAGUUUUAGCCCUCUUAGUUUUUUCAUACUGAUUUUUAUCGUGUAGUAUAUGUAUAAAAUUUACCUAGUCCGAAGAGCAGAAUCAUAUUUCCUAGGGUCUCUCACAACUACUAACUCAAGCAGUGAGGGACGAGUUCCAUGGUUUCAAAUGAGCCUAUGGAUGUUGAGGUUCCUCAGGGGUGAGUUCCCAUUGAUUUACAAAAUAGAAAAGGAAAAGACAACUAUGCAGGAAAAGUGAAUUUAAACUAAGGACCGUUGAAGGACACAGAAGGGUGAAGUGUUGCAUGGCCAAACUCUUCCUAUAUUUUCAUUGACCGACAACCUUGAUCUUGACAACAUAUGAGAUGUUUGGUCUUUAUUAGGUUUAUUCCUACCAUAUAACACGAGCUAUUGGAACACGUUCAGUUGUGGAUCAUAUACCAUUUAUUAACAAACCCUCUCAAACUCAAGCCACUCAAAUAGGCUUGGAGUUUGCAUAUUCACAUGUCCGGACACCAUGUGCUUAACAAAAAUAGAUGAGGGUCCUCAAGAUUCAAAAAUGAGACCUUUCAGUCAUAGAAGGCUCUAAUACCAUGUCAAGAACUAGUUGGUCCCAAUAACUCGAUUUGUUGGAAGAAGUUCAAUUGUGCAUCAUAUACUGUUUAUUAACAAAUGGCCGGUGUAAUAGGCAACAAUAUUGAAUACUACAGAUUUCUCCUUUGAAGAAGUCAACGUUGUUUGAUCAACUGAUCAUCGAUCGCUAGAUACUGUUGUGUCCAGUCUCAUUCACUCAAGAAGUCAGAUUUUUUUAGGAAGUAACAUCUCAAGAUAGUUCUCGUCUUAUGCACACACCCCAUGAACACAUUGUUAUGAGUUUAUGACUACCAUACACUGCCACUGUCCAACAAAAUGCAAGAGAUGGUGGUGUGCACUACAAGUUUCCCCCAACAUAAGGUGCAUUGGAUUGUUACCAUCCCCCUUCACUCUGCCAGUUCUCUCCUUUUGCAGAAUAUGUGCAAUUCUUCCUCUCACGACUGCCCCUCUACCAAUCGUUGGGUAGUCUACUCUACAGCCGUCCAGAGAGUCUAUAUUUAUAAGAAGUGGACUACUAAUUACUGACCACGUGUUGGGAGAUGAUUAAUGGCGAAACCAUGAUUUUUAUAUAGGUGUGUCAGCUGAUAAAAAUAAUUUAAAAUAAAUAUAAAAAUUUAAUUCAUAAAGUUCACUAUUUCAUUAUUUUUUACAUCAAACCACGAUGAACUUUCAUAUUCUAAAAGGUUUCUUAAUUAAUAUUUUGGCUUAUGUUGCAAAUCAAACAUUUUUUAAGCACACAACUAGAUCAUUAUGUAUAAAAUUUUCACUCAAAUGGUCUCGAAGAUCGUUCUUGAUUAAGUUAAUAUAUGAAAAGGGUCAUUUCGCAACAUGCAGUUGCAAGAGGUAAAGUCAACACUGGUUAAGAUAGGAAAGCUACAAGGUUGUUGGUAGGCGUCGACAAAGAAGUUUGAACGAGAAUGGAUGUUUCGUUGACUAGACGCUAACAAUCGGAGGGAAGAAAGCUGCGAGACAUAAGUUGGAGAUUUUUUCCCCUCGACACUCACCAAACAGAAAAGGAGAGGAAGAAAUGUGAAUUUAACCGGGGUAAGGGGAUUUUUUUAAUGUAAGUGGAAAUGAAUUUUUAAUUUUUGUUAUAUAAAAAAGGAGAAGUAAUGCGAUAUAAUGUGUGUAAAUUAUCAAUCGAGUAAAUAAAAAUAAGUAUCGCGCCAUCGAGAGAAUCACGACUCUAUAAUUGACGAUUAAAACUAAGGAACUGAAAAGAACAAAAGUGAUUUUGUAUAAAUUAAAUAUAAAGCAAUAACUAAAUUAUAAUCUCUUUGCUUUCGCCUUCUUGCAAUAUCUUGGACAAUCAAUUAACUCAAUUCGUUUAUUAAUCAAUUUAAUUCUCAUUCGAUCAUGAUUAUCUUUAAAGUUAUAGUUAUGUCUCUUAAUACUCACUACUACUAAGUAGUCAAUUAAUUUUUAGCUCUCGUACAACCAACUGAUUAACUACCUGACCUGAAGUGCGAUAAAUCCUAUCUUUACAUAUUUUUAUAAUUUAAUGAUCACAAAUUUCUUGUAGUAUAAUGAGUGUGUUUCAGUUACGAUUAUCGAUGGUAUGUCAAAUGUCUCGUAUUCAAAUAUUUUAUACCGAAAAAAUCGAAAUUUCUCACAAAAUUUCGAACAGAGGUGACACACCUCUCUAUAAAGGUGUCUACCCCUAAUUGUUGUGGUACUAGUAUUUGACACAAACCCCUCUAUGUAUAUUUAUAAGCAACUGAUUACGAAGUGACAUGCAAAACAUUACUUGUAAGCUCUCCUAUAUUAGAAAUUAGAACCUUUCAAGUAAAGGAGAAUCAACCUCGCGACGCAUUUAACUAUUGUUUUGUACCGAAUGUGACUUAUCACAAAUACAAAACUAUUUAACGAAAUUGCUACCAACUCGAUCCUCAAAUCCACGCUACAAAGUCAAAUCAAAUGACAUGAGUACACCAAUUGGAGGGCAAAAAAAAAAAUCUAGUGAGUGGCACCUACUAACGUAUUCUUUUUACCAUGUGCUACAGCUUUUGGUACCGGAUUCAUUCACAUUCAGCAAAAUAGGUCCCAUUAUGUCCCCCCCUAAAACAAAGUCCUUAUCACAAGAAGAUGAACCAGCAUUAACGAAAAGGCUAGGAGAAAAAGUAGAGAUUAAUUGCAUAAUCAUCAACGAAAAUACAAUGCGCAAUAAGUAACAAGGUUGAAGGGGGGGAAAAAGAAGAAGAAAGCAUUAAAAACGAGAAAAGGCAAACCAGGAAAGAAACGUCCCAGAAUAAGUAUAAGAGUGAUUAAUUAGAGAGAGAGAGAGAGAGAGUGAAGAGGUGGGAAAUUUAAAAUAAAAAACUAAUCUUUUCGGGCUUGACGAGGACGUUUCCUUUCAAAAAGCCCGUCCAAAUUCGCUUCAUGUACAUGUAUGCUCUCUCCCCCGCGGGACCCACUUUCUCCUCCCCUUUGUCCCCUCUCUCUCUCUCUCUCUCUUCUCUCGCUCUCUAAAACGGUAAAACCCAGAAGAACAAAACAACGGCGCUGGCCGGAACAAACACCAGCACAAGAAGAAAAAAAAAGGGGGAAACUUUUUUUUUCCCCUCUCCUUUCCCUCGCUCACUCAUUCACUAUUAUUAUACUUUCGAAAUUUGAUUAGGGAAGAGAGGAAAGGAAGAACACUAGAUUUUCACACAGAUAGUCUCUUAGAUCCGCUCUUAAUUAUUAAAUUAUUUGUUAUUAUUGGGUUUUGCGAUGAUGGAGUUUUUAAAAAAUGGCAGCGAGCACCGUGCCACGGCGGCUUAAUAUUUAUAAUUAUUAGUUGGUAGUACUCUUGAGAGUUUGUCUUUGCACCUCUGUAAAACCGGGUGCUUGUUCCUUUUUUUUUUCUUUCUUCUUCUUCUCUCCUUUUUUUCUAUUUUGGGUUUGUUUAUGUUUAUUAGUUGGGGAUUACGGAUUGGAUUUGGAUUAGCUCUCUCUUUUCUUUUUUGGGUUUUGUUUAUUAGAAUUCCAGUAUAAAAUGUGUGUAGUACUGUAACGCAAAAGAGAGCUGAACUUGUCCUCUGUAUUAAGCCUCUUGACUGAGAGAGAGAGACGGCCACACUCUGCAUGACUGGGGAAGAAGAAGGAAAAAAACAGAGCGGAGGAGAAGAUCUAGAAGAUCUGAUUAUGGGUCUCUGACUUUUCAUUUGUCAUCUGGGAAUUUUUUUUCUCGUUUCUCCAGGUACGGCUCCUUCUUUUCACAACCUGCAUUUCUUCUUCUCCUUCUUCUGGGUUGGUUGGAUUCUUCUAGCAUGUCCAUUUCUCUGUUUCUGGAUGGAGAAAUGGAGGAAGGAGGAAGAAAGAAAUUUAAAAGAAAAAAAGAAAAGGGUUGAAGCCGGCUGGUUGGCUUUAUGGCAAGUGGAAAUGUUUCCUUCCGUUUCCACUUGUACUGGGUCUUCUUCUCCGUUUUUUUAUUUAUUUUUUAUUUAUGUAAUUCUGCUUAGAUUGAGGGAAAAUGCCGUCUUCCUUCUAUUGCGAGCGAGCUAUCCAAGUUUGCGUUUUCCUUUUUGGCUGUAAUGAAAAAGAGGGACAAUUCGUGGAAUGGUAGCAGUUUGAUAAGGCAGAUGUUAUGCCGUGUAGUUAUGAACUUGGGGAAAAAUCUUUCUGGUUGGCAAUUGGGUUGGAUUCAAUGCUUCUUAGAUCCCCAAUUUUGGUAUUGCUUAAAUUACAAGGAUUACUGUUCUGGUUUAUUUCUUUCUUUUGGAAUUGGAAUUCUAAAAAAGGUUUUGCCUUUUUCCUUGUCAGGAGGUGGAAAAGGUGAGGAAUUGAAGGGCGGGUGGGAGAUUUCCUCUUCUUCUUCUUGAUUGAUUCUUUCUUUCUAGCCGCCAUAGUCAAAACUGGGUAGCGGCUGCCUGCUGCUAUUCUGAUCGUAACUAUACCGUUGAAAGAUUCGAACUUUGGACUGCCUUUGAUUUUCCCCAAAUGGAUUGAAACAAAGCCGGCAGCCCAAUCUGGCCGCAAUGUUCAAAUCAUUAUCUCCUGGGCUGCUGCUGCUGAUAACUUUUCUCCUCUUCUCGGCGUCCUCCGUCUCCGUCUCCGCUGACAGCGACAACGGCUACCCGAGAUGCAACUGCGACGACGAGGGCAGCUUCUGGAGCAUAGAGAGCAUCCUGGAGUGCCAAAGGGUUGGAGAUUUCUUGAUAGCCGUCGCCUAUUUCUCAAUCCCGAUCGAGUUACUCUACUUCAUCAGCUGCUCCAACGUCCCAUUCAAAUGGGUCCUCGUCGAAUUCAUUGCCUUCAUUGUCCUCUGCGGGAUGACCCACUUGCUCAAUGGCUGGACUUACGGCCCGCACACUUUCCAGCUCAUGGUUGCAGUCACUGUCUUCAAGAUCCUAACUGCCUUGGUCUCCUGCGCCACGGCCAUCACCCUCUUCAGCUUGAUCCCUUUGCUAUUGAAAGUCAAGGUCAGGGAAUUCAUGCUGAAGAAGAAGACUUGGGAUCUGGGUAGAGAAGUCGGGAUGAUAAUGAAGCAGAGGGAGGCUGGUCUCCACGUAAGGAUGCUUACCCAGGAGAUCCGGAAAUCACUGGAUCGACACACCAUUCUGUACACUACCCUUGUCGAGCUUUCCAAGACCCUAGGGUUGCAGAACUGCGCGGUUUGGAUGCCUAAUGAGAUGAGGACCGAGAUGCAUUUGACACACGAGUUGAAUGGGGGAGAUUAUGGCAAUGUGGAGAGUUGUACGAUACCGACAUCUGAUCCUGAUGUGGCGAGGAUUAAGGGCAGUGAUGGUGUGAACAUACUCAGCUCUGACUCCCCUUUAGCUGCUGGUAGCUUCGGCGGGGUUUCUGGCGAGCACGUGGGUCCCGUUGCUGCAAUUCGGAUGCCAAUGCUUCGUGUCUGCAACUUCAAAGGUGGCACUCCUGAGAUGAUCCAGGCUUGCUAUGCAAUUUUGGUGUUGGUUCUGCCAGGUGGUGAUCAGCCUAGGUCUUGGAGCAAUCAAGAGCUUGAGAUAAUUAAAGUAGUGGCUGAUCAGGUGGCUGUGGCUCUUUCCCAUGCUGCUGUCCUCGAAGAAUCUCAGCUCAUGAGGGAGAAACUGGAGGAGCAGAAUCGAGCAUUGCAGCAGGCAAAGAUGAACACUUUAAUGGCCAGUCAAGCAAGGAAUGCUUUUCAAAAGGUUAUGAGUGAUGGAAUGAAGAGACCUAUGCAUUCGAUUCUGGGGUUGGUGUCCAUGAUGCAAGAUGGAAGUUUGAAAAAUAGCGAGCAGCAGAUUAUUGUAGAUACGAUGAUGAAAGCUAGCAAUGUGUUGUCGAUAUUGAUAGACGAUGUGAUGGAAAUUUCAACCAAGGAUAGCGGGAGGUUUCCAAUGGACACAAGGUCUUUCGGGCUGCAUUCAAUGAUCACAGAAGCAGCUUGCCUUGCCAAGUGCCUGUGUGUGUACAAGGGGUUCGGCUUUUCAAUGGAAGUUGACAGGUCAUUGCCUGAUCAUGUGAUGGGAGAUGAGAGGAGGAUCUUUCAGGUGAUUCUGCAUAUGAUUGGAAAUCUUCUGGACGGGAAUAGUAGAGGGGGAUCUGUGCUGCUUCGCGUUGUUGCUGACAAUGGGAGUCAGGAGAGGAACGAUCAGAGAUGGGCCGUGUGGCGACACAGCCCGUCUGAGGGUGAUGUAUCUAUUAGAUUCGAGAUUGGAAUAACUUCUGGUGGUUCUGAAGCGGAGGCGUCCACUUCAGCAAUGCAGCUCGGUGGUCGAAGAUACACCAGUGAUGGAUUUGAGCAUGGCUUGAGCUUCACCGUUUGCAAAAAGCUUGUCCAGAUGAUGCAAGGGAACAUCUGGGUAGUGCCGAAUAACAAAGGAUUCGUCCAGAACAUGGGACUAAUUCUACGAUUCCAACUCCGACAAUCGAUCAGCCUGACCAUCUCCGAACCAGGCGAAUCAUCUUCAGAGCACCCGAAUUCCAACUCCUUCUUGAGAGGCCUGCAGGUGGUCUUGGUCGAGUCGGAUGAUCUGAACAGGAGCGUCACACGCAGGCUGCUGGAGAAGCUCGGAUGCUCGGUCACCCCUCUCUCGUCGGGAUACGAGUGCCUCAGCUUCAUCGGCCCAGCCACGUCUUCCUUCCAGGUCGUGCUCCUCGACCUCCAGCUCCCGGACCUGGACGGGUUUGAAGUGGCGGCCAAGAUCAGGAAGUUCAGGAGCCGGAGCUGGCCUUUGAUCCUGGCGAUGACGUCGAGCGGCGAAGACGACUUGUGGGAGAAAUGCAUGCAGAUGGGGUUGAAUGGCGUGAUCAGGAAACCGAUAAUGCUGCAAGGAAUUGCGAAUGAGCUAAGGAGAGUGGUUUUGCAGGCAAACAGAGUGGUGUAACAGCAACAGCAGCUCAGUUUUAAUUAAAUGAGUGAAGCCUAGUAGUGUAAGGGUACAGACUACAGAAGAAAGAAAGGAAAAAAGAAGGGAAAGGUUCAGCAUUUUGGUAAUCCGUCCACAGGAGAGUGGAUGAGCCGUGUAUUUUUCCCUCUAGCAUAGAGAAAUUAAUGUCUAGAUAUAUACACAGCGUAACAUUUUACAGUAACAAAAAAAAUCCAAAUGAUUAUAAAGAGAAUUUUAGCUGCCUCGAUCUCUAAUCAAAAGUAUGUCUGAUU